AUUUAAAAAUUUCUAAUAUUAGGAGACUUCGGUAAAUACUUGAGUUUUAUGUUGUUACGAUAUCGGUUUUCUCGGCUUUGAAAAAGGAACAGCUUUGCAACAAGCAUCAGAUUUUCCUUUGCGCGAAAACAACGGACGGAGCAAACUUAAGUAUUGAUUGAAGGAUUAAUUAUUGUUCAGUGAGCGUGAUUGAAAGUUUUCGCGAGGAAAAUAUGCGUAUUUUCGCACAAUUUUUAUCAAGCAAGAAUAUCGCAUCUAAUCGGAAAAGAGAGAUUCAACAGGAGACUUGAAAAUAUUUCUUCCGGAAACUACGUCGCAUAUUAAAUGAAAAUUUCACCUGCUAACAUAAAAUGGAGUCAUCACUUGCGAUUCCCAUCGAGAAAAAUCUCUCGAGAUGUUACGAAGACGUCGAAUGCGAUUUCGGCGUCCGGUAUCCUUGAAGGAGAGAUGCACUUUGCGAAGAUGCACGGGUGAUAGAGGACAGGCUCCGAUAAAAUGUUGAUCAAGGAGUAUCGCAUACCGCUACCUCUUACGGUAGAGGAGUAUCGAAUCGCUCAGCUGUAUAUGAUAGCGAAAAAAUCGCGGGAGGAGAGCAAAGGUGCUGGCAGCGGCGUGGAGAUAAUCGAGAACGAGCCAUAUAAGAAUGGUCCAGGCGGUGAUGGCCAGUACACGCACAAGAUCUAUCACGUGGGCAGUCACCUACCGGGGUGGUUUAAGAGCUUGCUACCGAAGUCGGCGCUGAUCGCCAAGGAAGAGGCAUGGAACGCCUAUCCCUAUACUAAGACUCGCUACACGUGUCCGUUUGUAGAAAAGUUCUCCGUCGAGAUAGAGACCUACUAUUUCGCGGACAAUGGUCAUCAGGAGAAUGUUUUCAAUCUUAGCGGCAGUGAUUACAGAAACAGGAUUGUAGAUUUGAUCGACAUCGUCAAGGAUCAACCUUACGGAGCCGAUUAUGUGAAGGAAGAAGAUCCUAAGUUGUACUUGUCGGAAAAGACAGGAAGAGGCCCACUGGAGGACACAUGGCUGGUCGAUUAUUGGGCCGAUGUGGAAGGAAAGCAACAGCCAACGCCAUCGGGCAAGUCACUAAUGUGCGCGUACAAGCUAUGCCGAGUAGAGUUCCGUUAUUGGGGCAUGCAAACGAAAUUAGAAAAGUUCAUACACGACGUAGCUCUGCGGAAGACGAUGGUGCGGGCGCACAGACAAGCCUGGGCCUGGCAGGACGAGUGGAACGGUUUGACGAUGGAGGAUAUCAGGGAGAUUGAACGGCAGACGCAGCUGGCGUUGCAGCGCAAGAUGGGACUCGGCGAAUCGACGGAGCUCGAGGAGAACGAGAAUCGAGAGAGAACGACUGCGACGACGACGAUGACGACAACGACGACGACACCGGCUACUCCGGUGACGGCAAACGCCUCAAUGACGUCGCCGGAUUCAGAUGUUGCCAAGACAUUGGCGGCAACCCUGGGCAGCAUUGAAAAGGAGGAGGCGCAGAGUCCACUAUCCUUCAGGAAGCCAUCCGACAUUCCUAUCAUAAAUACGGCGGCCAGCUCCGAAAACGAAAUCAGUCCCGAAGACUCACCGGUUGACCUUAAUGAGAUCAAAACUGCGACUAGCGAUGCGAAGAGAGAGUGGAGAAAGAGUAACUUGCACUCGCCGAAUUCAAACAAGAACUUUGACAUUCAAAUCGCAAAUUGGAGGAUGGAAAGCAUCGUCAGAGAAUCCGAAUCCGGUAGCGAUGACGAGUUCUUCGAUUGUCAAGCUGGGUUCAUUAUACCUGUUAUACGCAAAGAGGACUUUGAAGAUAGCUCUUCAUUAGCUAAAUGGAGUUCUUUGGAUCUUCUAGCAGAAGGGGACGACACGACUAUGCGAACACCGCCUGCGGCAAACGAUCAAGAAGAUACAAUAUUUUCGCCUUCAUAUCUGCAACGUGUCGCCAGCGAGAGAAAUAAUAAGAGACUGCAGAUCCGCACCUCGGCCAGUAUUGAUGUGUCGUGUCCAACAUCCCCUCAGCAUUCUCCUACGCAUCAACCGUGCAAAAUUACCGUUCUAAUUAUUGUAGUGCACGGUGGUAGUGUUUUAGAUGCGAAUGUCGAUCUAACCGCGAAAAAGUCAGACAUAACAACAUUCCGCGGAGCUUUCGAAUCCGUAAUGAGGCAGCAUUAUCCCAGCAUGGUCGGACAUGUAUCCAUUAAAUUUGUUGCCUGUCCUUCCAUUUGUACCGAAGGUCUUGGAAUUUUAUCAAGUCUGAGUCCGUACAGCUUCGAUGUAUCGCCUUCAUGCAUGGAUGCGCCGCCAGUUACACAUGACACCAUUCCGAUCGGCGCAAUUCCGUUGCUGGCGAGCUCGAGUUCUGACUAUCAGGAUGCGGUAUCGCGUGUAGUGAUGGCUGCUAAUCAAGUGUAUCACGAUUUCAUCAAGAGCGAAGAGGGUAAAGGCUUCACCGGGCAGAUCUGCUUCGUGGGCGACUCAGUAGGCUCUAUCCUGACCUAUGACGCUCUGAGCAGAACAACGCAGCAUUCGAGACACAGUAGCGAGAACAGCAUCCUGGAAGGAGGUAGCGGCCAACAGAGCAAUGACAAUGGCGGUAAUGCCGAAGAUGCCAAGCAUCUAUCCGCGCCAUCUCCUAGAAGAAGGUCUUCCGGCGACAACCCACAUCAUAACAAACUGGACUUCGAGGUAGGUGAUUUUUUUACGUUUGGCAGUCCGCUUGCGCUGGUCCUCGCCUACAGGAAAACCGCCUCCACUGACAAAAAUAGCUUCAUACCCAGGCCGUUGGUCAAUCAAAUGUACAAUCUGUUUCAUCCCACGGAUCCCGUGGCUGCUAGAUUGGAACCUUUAAUCUCGGCGAGGUUCUCGCUGAUCCCGCCAGUCAAUAUUGCCCGAUAUCAAAAAUAUCCACUCGGCAACGGCCAACCUUAUCAUUUGCUGGAAACUAUCCAGACAAAUCCGCAAUUGUUCGCUGAUGGUCUCAACAUUCCGAAUAUUCAAAUGCAUUUAAGAAGACUAUCCGAUAUAUCGCUUCAAAGUACAAUGUCGGGCAUUAUCGAUAAUGUUCCCUUACAAGCCGUUUCUGCCCUGACACAAAAGUGGUGGGGCACCAAGAGACUAGACUACGCGCUCUAUUGUCCAGAAGGUCUCGCUAAUUUUCCUACAAAUGCCUUGCCGCAUCUCUUCCAUGCCAGUUAUUGGGAAUCUUUGGAUGUAAUCGCGUUUAUUCUGAGACAAUUGGGCAGAUUCGAUUUGUCGCUGCUCGGUAACGAAGAAAAGGAUCUUACUAGCUUCCGUCCAGGUCAACCCAGAGAGAAAUGGAAUAAAAAGCGUACCUCUGUUAAACUUAAGAAUGUUGCUGCCAAUCACAGAGCAAAUGAUGUCAUCGUAAGGGAAGGUGCACCACAAGUAUUAGUCGCUAGGUUCAUGUACAGUCCUAUUGAUAUGAUAACUCUAACAGGUGAAAAAGUGGAUAUUCAUAUUAUGAGAGACGCUCCGGCAGGUGAAUGGACGUACCUCUCCACCGAGGUAACUGACAAAAAUGGUAGGAUAAUUUACAAAAUACCAGAUGACAAAACGCUAAGUUACGGGCUUUAUCCAGUGAAGAUGGUUGUAAGGGGAGAUCACACGUCUGUAGAUUUUUUCAUUGCUGUGAUACCGCCGAAAACCGAAUGCGUGGUUUUCAGCAUAGACGGCUCUUUCGCCGCCAGCAGAUCAGUGAGCGGCAAAGAUCCGAAAGUCUGGGCCGGUGCUGUCGAUGUUGUGAGGCAUUGGCAAGAACUAGGUUAUCUCAUCAUUUAUAUUACUGCGAGACCUGACAUGCAACAGCAGACGGUAGUUUCCUGGCUGUCGCAGCAUAACUUUCCUCACGGUCUCGUCUCGUUCGCCGAUGGCCUGUCCAGAGAUCCGCUCGCCCACAAAGCCGCCUACUUGAAUAAGCUUGUGAAGGAGCAUGGAAUGAUAAUUCAUCAGGCGUAUGGCAGCGAGAAAGACAUUAGCGUGUAUACGGCGAUAAAUCUCAAACCGAGCCAGAUUUUCGUCAUCGGUAAAGCAUCCAAAAAGCAUCAGGCGCUGGCGACAAUACUAUAUGAUGGUUAUGCCGCCCAUUUGAGCACGCUACAAGCGCACGGGGGUUCACGUCCCGCUCAAGGCAACGCGCGUAUGGUAAUCCCCAGGGGUCAGUUUGGUUUGCCAGGACAGAAUGCUUCCUUGCGUCGGCGCAGCUCUUUUAGGACGGCGAAGCGUGCGAUCUCGCAGCCACCCUUGGGCAAGACGCCCUUCCCGUUGGAACGAUCCACGAGCGUGGGUCCAGGAUCGAGCAACAUUCAUCGAUCGGCGGCGACUGAGAAACUUUGACGAUUCGCGCGCUGCCGCUCGUUCUUCGAGUCCCGGCGGUAGCUUCCCGCGAAGGAAGGACACGAUUCUCGGUUCCGUAUCCUCCUUUAUUCCGUUCCCUCAUUUCGUCGGGAUCUUUACUCCAAGUAAUAUAGAUCUUAUAUAGAUCUUUACGCCCUCUCGUUAAUCUCGUGAAGAUUGUGUGUGAUCUUCUGAUUAUAUAUAUUCUUCUUUUUACUCUUCUCUGUUCUUUAUAGAUCUUCGAUAACACAGGCGUUAUUGCUCCAUCUUUCGUGAUAUCUUCCUCCUAUCAUAAGUCCUUGAUCUAGAAUUUCGUAAAUUUAUGUAUAUAUUCUAUAUAUAACGAUAAGAAUAUUCUCUAUACGCU